UAGUCGGGUUUGUUUUCAGUUUUGUGACAUUUUCCUGGAAAGAAGCACAGAGUAUUUUAAGAUGAAUUACUCCAGUGAUGAAGAUCUAUCUGAAAAUGAUAAGAGGAGCAUUGAUUUACACAGCAGGGUUGAACCGUCGGAACAAGCUGCGUCAAUGACACAGGGAAAGAUCCUCCUGAAGUCCUGGCUCAAUAGGAAUUUCCGCAUAGUCAUGACGGACGGAAGACUCCUGAUUGGGGUAUUUCUGUGUACGGAUGCUGAUGCAAAUGUGAUUCUGGGAAUGUGCUCUGAAUAUACCGAAGAAGGUGGAGAGGAAAGGAUUCUGGGGCUUGUUAUGAUACCCGGAAGGCAUAUAGUUUCAAUGGAAGUUGAUAUGAGUGGACAGCAAUUUGAGGCUUAGAACUGUAAUUUUUUAAAUUAAUAUAGAUUAAUA